CAAAAUUUAAUUCUAUUAUACUUCAUAUUUAUCUAAAUCCAACUCAUAUAUUAUCAAAACAACAAUAUUAUCCUAAUCUCUUUCAUUUUAUAUAUAUUUAUCUCUUAAACUAUUCCAUAACAGAUGAAUUCUUCUUGACAGAUAAAGCAAUUAUGGAUGGAAAAAAUAAAACCUAUUGUAUUGAUAAGGAUGAUGAAGAUGUCAUUGAUUCAAUUUCGAAUGGAUAUAUGACAGAAGAUUCAAUGUGUUCAUAUUUUUCUUCAUCCGAGAUGGAUGAUGAUGAUCAAGAAGUUUCAUCAUCUUCAACUUCUAGUUUAUCAUCUUCAUCAUCAUCAAAUUUAAAUGGUCCUUUAUAUGAAUUAUCAGAUCUCAUGAACCAUCUUCCUAUAAAGAAAGGGUUGUCUACGUUUUAUCAAGGGAAGGCACGGUCUUUUGGUUCAUUAGCAAGGGUGAAAAGCAUAGAAGAUCUUCCUAAGAAAGAAAAAUCAAAUUACAGAAAUAAAGUGAAAUCAUGCAAGAGCUUUGGUUUGUGCACUCCAAAGGCAACAAUAGCAAAGAAAUCUUCAAGAGGACUUUGUUUAUCAGUAAUAAGUUCUAGAAAAAAGAGUUUUCUUGGAGGGUCUAGAUCUUCCUUUUCUGUAAACAAAAACUUUUGAAGUUCAUUUUGUAAGACCUUUUUGUUUUAUUUUAUGCACAAAAUGAGGAAAAUUUAAAUCCCUCAAAUUUUAGAUUCA